AUGGAGGUGGAAACAUUGGUCUGGGUCCCCGACGCGCCACAGGCCGCCCCCGAUCAAGCAGGAGCGUACCGGAUUCCUACCGACGCAUCUAACAGGGGGUUGGGAGCCGCAUUGUCCCAGCUGGUUGAGGGGGAGGAGCGCCAGGUGCUGUACAUCAGUCGGAAGCUCUCGGCAAGAGAGGCGAGAACUACUGAAGACCAAAUCACGGAAUAUCAGAACAAUUUCACUGUUCCUCAAAUGGGUGGGCAGGUAUCCCGUAAUAGUCUACAUGAAGGAGGAUCCUUUUACUGCCACCCUCUGAAGGAGAGCAUGUAUCCAGAUCCGCAAGCCCCUUUGCCACUCUCUUUCCAUGCCAACACAAAAGGUUCUCAGAUCUUGAUGGACAAGACACAGCGCUGCGUGUGCCGAAUUGCCAGCUUCUGUAAUGCCAUCACUUUCACCAGCCGACCUGUCAGAAUCUACGAACAGGUCCGGCUGAAGAUCACAAAGAGACAAGGUUGCUGGAGUGGCGCACUUCGAGUGGGGUUCACUACAGUGGACCCGUCUGAUCUAAGUUCAGCCUGGCUGCCACGAUUUGCCUGUCCGGAUCUGGUUUGCGAGAGGGGAUUUUGGGCCAGAGCGCUUCCCGAGGAGCAGUGUGAAGAGGGAACCAUUCUCUCCUUUUGGUUGGAUAAUACAGGGCAAGUGUUUUACCAGGUUAAUGAGGGCUCUGCAAUCUUCUUCUUUAGUGGUGUACCAGCAGGAGAGCCAGUAUGGGCGAUCAUUGACAUUUACGGGCUGACCCGUGGAGUUCAGCUACUUGACAGUAAGAUGGUCCCAGCUGAAUAUUUCAGUCCUGCUGUAACUAAUGAAGUGAUGGAUGACUGGCACCUGUCAAGCAACUGCUCCCAGCUUGACCUACAAGAAGAUCUGCCAUCCUUCUCGAGCUCCCCAAAUUCCCUCAACUCAGUGCUGUCACCUCAGCUCCACGAUGACUUGCAUUUUCACUGUGUCCAUGGUAACGGUCUACGUUUGCUGACCGAAUACAUAGCAGUGCGUUAUUACAACAGGCAUGAGGACUGUGCAUUGGUGUUCACACAUCGACCGUUGCGCUGUGGAGAAUGCGUUUUCUUAAAAGUUGUAUUGAAGUCUCAAACAGUGACACCAACUCUGAAUAGUUUUUUGUGUUAUGGAUUCACUUCCUGUAAUCCAGCCCACAUUAACCCGAAGCAUUUACCGGUCAAUCCAGAGGACCUGUUGGACCGAAGGGAAUUCUGGGCUUUUGGCUGCCUUACUUCACCGCUCAUGGGUGGAGAUAUCAUUGGCUUUCGGGCAUCUGCAGAAGGGGAAGUGCUUGUGAGUCAUAAUGGAGGGAGAGCCUACCGAGAGAUUUGUGUAGAUAAUUCCACUCCUCUGUGGAUGAUCUUCAAUUUACAAACGCAUAUAAAGCAAAUCAGCAUACUGGGUACAUCCUGUGGUUACUCUUCAUCUUCUUCCAAAAUUCACAUGACAGACAUUAGUAAUUGCAGUUAUCCCCCAGACAAUCAGAUUCACAGAACAGCAUUCAGGGGAUUUAUUAACAAGUUUCAACCCCACCCACACAGCCACAGCAGUUCUGCAGGGACAACGUCCAACUCACUGUCCUCAGAAUCUCACAAUACCCCAUCAUGUUGUCCGAUUGCUGGAGAGGAGUGUUUGAUUUGCUGUGAGAGGCCAGUAGACUCAGUGCUGUAUGCAUGUGGACACAUGUGUGUGUGUUACAUUUGUGGUGGGAAGCUAAAGGAUAUGUCAAACCCGUCCUGCCCCAUGUGUCGUGGCCCAAUCAGAGACAUCAUCAAAAUAUACCGCAGCAUAACCUGGCAACAGGAAUUCCCUGUUAAACAUGUAAAUGUGGGUGGUGUGGUAUAGUGACUAAUUCUCAGGUCCAGAGUGCUGGUUUGAGCACCGCAAGGAAUGAGCUGUGAGCUAUUGUUACCUUGUUACCUUGAGCAAGUAACCAACCUUGAGGUUGCACCAGGUGGACUGUCCUUUGUGUGCUGCUUUGGAAAAAACAUCUGCUAAAUGACCAAAAAGUUGAGAAAACACAGAAGUGACUGCGCAUGAUAGUGAAUGGCACAAUGUUAAUACUUGACUUUAACACAAUGCGAAAUUCAAAGAUUGUUCAGCACUCUGGACUUGCGUUGGGCUAGGCAUGCAUUAUGGGAAAUGAAGCUGCUAUGCGAAUUUUACAAUGCCAUCUUCAUAUGAAACUGUUGUUUUUGUUCAAUGUUUUUGUCAUUUUUAAAAGCAGUAUUU